UAGUAAUUGUUUAGUAAAUUGCAAGCUAUUAAACGAACAAGUGCACUUUUAAUUAACGAGAUUCGCCUUUUGUUUCAAAAGAAAUUUUAACAAAAUUCAAUAAAAAUAUUUUAUAGUUAAACAAUUACAAGAUAUAUAAUUGAUUUGUUUGUUAGAUAAAAUAAUCGGGAUAAUAAAUAUAAAUUGCUUUUGAGAAAAUAAGGAGUAAAAACGAACAAAGGCUGCUGCAGAGUGAAGAAAAAUAAAAAAAAUCAAACAAAGGAACUGGCCUGGAAUAGUUAACAUUACAUUAUUGUAAUAAAAAGAUUCUCUGAGAGUUUAAUAUAGUCACAACAACUACGUCAUUAACACAACAACAUCAACAAUAAAUCCCCACAACCAUGAAUGAUAAUCAGCGUAAACGUAUUUUACAAAACAUUGAUUCUUUAGUAAAUUUUACCGAUUUUAAAACAUUAUGUGAUGCUUGCUAUCGCAAUAAUUUGUUGAGUUAUACUAUGAUACAAAAUAUUCAUCAUGUCGAGCCGGAGAAAUCUCUUGCAGAUACUUUCGAUGAAGAGACAUUUAAAAGGGAACGUCACAAAAGGUUGUUUGUGAAAAUAACAAAAAGAGGUCCUGAUGCAUUUGAGAUGUUGUGCCGUAUAUUAAUGGAUUUGAAAUAUAAGGAUGCUUUAAAGAUAUUGCAUGACGAUGACAAGGGUAUGAUUUCAAUAAGUUCUAGUAAGAAAACCGGAACAGCAACAUCUGGCAAUACGGAGAUUAAUCAUGUGAAUAUAGCAAAUAAUAAUAUUGAUGAUAGAGAUGGAACAAUAAGUAGACAGCUUUCCCGAUGCGAUUCGGAUGAGAUCACACUCCACCAAUACGAGGAUACAAUUCAGCCGAAGAAAGAUGUAAACGUUCUUAAGGCUAAGCGCAUUUUAAAACAUAACAGCAUCGACACCUAUUCCAUGGAAAGUAAAAGCAAUCGUGGCGUCUUCUUUAUGGUUAAUAUUGUAGAUUUUCCCAUGGAAGAGCGACGUUCGGGAGCCGAUGAAGACACGCAUUCCCUUUUGUCGCUAUUUAAGCAGUUGGACUUCAAAUUGUAUGCCUAAAACCUAACACAAAAGAAAUUCUUUUCUCUACUCGAUGAACUAUUGAGCUCGGACGAAAUUAGAGACACCGAAUGCUUUGUCAUGGCCCUAAUGACGCAUGGUCAGAUGUCGGACGGUGUACAAUGGAUAUAUUUCCACGAUGGCUCUGUAGUGAAAGUGGAAGAGAUAGAAAAGCGUUUCUAUCAUGAAAACUGUACACAAUUAGUGGGUAAACCAAAAAUUUUCAUUUAUCCCUACUGUCGUGGUGAAAUAUCAGAUAAGGGUGUUAACGUUGUCAAUAAAACACAAACUGAAGGUGUUGGCACAACACGUCGUGCUAUCAAUAAUAUUGCUCAGCUAUCGGAUGUUAUUAAAUGCUAUGCCACUACAGCUGGUUUUGUAGCUCAUCGUGAUGUUGAAAACGGCUCCUGGUAUAUUCAGAGUUUUGUUGAUAUCAUGGCGGCCCAUGCGCACAAUACAUCCUUUGAGGAAAUGCUUAAAAUUAUACAAGCCGGUAUUUCAAAAUUGCGCACAAAUAAUAAUGAACUGCAAACGGCUAGUUAUGUUAAUAUAGGCUUUAAUAAAAUUCUUUAUUUUAAUCCGGGCAUUUAUGCAAAUUAACUUUAUGUUCUUCCACUAAUGGACGCUGCCAAAAUGUUUUUAUUAUUAUAUAUUUAUACAAACAAUUCCAUAUUUUUUUCGUAAUUACUUAAAUUAAGAUAAAAGAAUUUCCAUUUUAAAAUGUACUGAUUGUAUUUGUGAAAUGUAUUACUUUUAUAGUUAAUUAAGAAUUUUAUUAUUAUUAGCAUAUAUAUAAAUAUGUAAUUACAAAUUUAUUUGUAAAAAA